AUGCUAGGAUCAGAUAAAUUUGGGCAUAUCAAGCUAGCGCCUGAUGAUGCAAUUCUUCAAACUGCAAUUGCUUUUAGAAAUGACUCACAUACUGAUAAAGUUAAUCUUGGAGUUGGUGCUUAUAGAACAGAUGAAGGAAAACCUUUACUAUUUCGGGCAGUAAAAGAAGCAGAAAAGCAGAUUUUAGCUGACCCAGCUACAAAUAAGGAAUAUCUAGGUAUCGAUGGGCACUUAAAGUUUAAUAAGCUAGCUCAAGAGUUAUUACUAGGAGAAUCUAGCUCAGCAGUACUUGAAAAAAGAGUUGCAUCAGUCCAAACAAUUUCAGGCACCGGCAGCUUGCGAAUUGGGGCAGAAUUUUUGUCUAUGUUUUUUAACCCUUCAUGUGUCCUUAUUAGCCGUCCCACCUGGGGGAACCAUAUUACAAUAUUUGAGAGAGCAAGAAUUCCAGUUAAGUAUUAUCCUUACUGGAACCCAAAAACUAAAGGAGUAGAUAUUGAAGGCAUGAUAAACGCUCUAAAUGAUGCUCCAGAAAAAUCAAUAGUCUUAUUGCAUGCCUGUGCACAUAACCCUACAGGCGUUGAUCCUACACCUGAUCAAUGGGAAAGAAUCGCUGAUGUCAUGGCCAGAAAAGAUUUGCUGCCUUAUUUUGACAGUGCUUACCAAGGAUUUGCCACAGGAAGCAUAGAAAGAGAUGCAUUUGCAAUUAGAAUGUUCAUAAGCAGAGGGUUUCAAUGUGUCAUAUCCCAAAGUUUUGCAAAGAACAUGGGACUGUAUGGAGAAAGAAUUGGAGCUCUGCAUAUAGUGUGCAGGACUAGUGAAAUUGCUGACAAGGUUCUAAGUCAGCUGAAAAUUGUGAUAAGGCCUAUGUAUUCCAAUCCACCUAUGCACGGAGCACUUAUUGCAGCAAAAGUAUUGGAAGAUCCAGCUUUAAAAAAUAUAUGGCUAAGUGAGCUUGAGCAAGUUUCUCAAAGGAUAAUUCAAAUGAGAAGAGUCUUAUUAGAAGAAUUGGUUAGGAUAGAAACCCCUGGAGACUGGACCCAUAUUACUUCCCAAAUAGGGAUGUUUUCCUUUACAGGAUUAUCCCCAGCCCAAUGUGAAAACAUGAUUAAGAAGUGGCACUGCUAUAUGCUUACAAAUGGAAGAAUUUCUAUGGCAGGCAUAAACUCGAGAAAUUAUCAGCACGUCGCAAGGGCGAUUAAGGAUUCCUUGCAGAUUAGAGAAAAGUUAUAA